CUAAAUGUCAUUUGCCAGUUGUCUUGUGACGCUGUAGUGAGACUGCUGGCCUUUCCUGAAAGAGUGAAUUAUAAAGUUGGUGGUAUUUUUUCAAGGAAUUAUGAAGAAAAAAGGACUUCUUAAUAUUUUUUGCCGUUGGUGGCUAUUAAAGGGUGUCAGUAUACUCUUCCUCCUGUGGACCGAAGCUAAUGGGAUCGAGGUGCAGAUUCAUCGAGAGUCCACCUAUUGCAAUACAAACAACACAGUGAAGCUGAUCCGUUGCGAUCUUCAGAAAUUGGAUGGAAGACUGCUAGAAACGAGGUGGACAGACCUGAACAGUUUUGUGAUAACGAAUGGAAAUGCUUUGAUAAUUCUACCUCAAUGUGAUGCUAAAGGGAAAGAACUAACUAUCACCAACACGGGGAACAUUCGUAGUCAGGCAACCGAUUUAAGUAACACGAGUAGGAUUGAAGACUGCCAGGUGGGUCUUAGGCUCGAGAACUGUACUGCUACAAAACUAGGUAAUUUUUUUAAUCGUGUCAAUGCCAGACAAACUAGUAUUGAUAGUGUCAAACUAACAGUAGAAAAGUUUCAUCUGUCUGACAAUUGUUCCAUUGGUGAUUUUGAAAUUGUUUCGACAUCAGAAAUGGCCACCAUACAAAACACGACAGUGGAUAAUGUUUCCAAACUGGAGAUACAAGGAACUCAUAAACUUGAAAUUUUUCAGAGUCAUAUGAACAUUGUAAGGAAAUUCAUAUAUAACUCAUCUCAUGAGAAAUCAUUAAUUCGACAUACUAAGAUUGGAAACGUUGUCGAAGGUGGCUUUGAAAUGGUACAGGGUUUUCUGAGCUUAGAAGAUGUCAUAUUUACCCAUUUAUCAUUGGAGUCCAUUGUCAUUUAUGGGGGAGCUAUAGACCUUAUAGAUAUCAAGAUAGAGGAGGCAUAUAGCAAAAGCAUAAUCAUGAAAGGACCAGGAAAAAUUACCUUCAGGAAUUUGACAAUUGGAGACUUUCGUACUGGGCAGACAUUUUUGAUAGAAAAUAAAGGAAAUGAAGUACUAUGGCCAUUGGCAGUCAUAGUUACUCAUAGCAUGGCUUUGUCUACACCAAUAAGUAUAGCUAUUGGGUUUCUUAUUGGUAUUUUUCUUACAAUAAUCCUAGUAGUUAUAAUUCAUUUCAAGUACAAAAACAAAAUACCUUUGUUUGGAAGUCAGAGACGGUACCUCCCAUCCCCAGAAGAUAAGUUAGUACAACCUACGCACGAUCGGCAAUGUCAGUCAUCUUCCAACGUACAGGAAAUUAGUGAUGUCAUGGAAGAUGAUUACAACGAUGUUCUGCCGGGAUCUCCAAUCUCAUCUUCAGUGAAGCCCUUCUUCAGUAAACCAGAAUCAAUAGAUAUAGAUUCCUCAUCAGUUAGUGGAAAGCCCCACGUACCACCCCUGCCACCACAACUGCUCCAAAUUAAGGAUGACUCACGGUUGAAAGCUGCUUAUGAUUUCCAUGAAAAAAGUUACUCCUCUGAGGUCACUGAUGAUAAUGAUCUCAUUUAUGAAAAUUGUGAAGACUAUUUGGAACCCAAUCAUAUCACUAAGCCUCCCAACAGUCACUUUCCUCCUGUUCAAAAGCAACACCCACUGAACAAUGAGAAAAUAUCUGUGACAUCAAGUCCUGCUAGAAACGAAAAUCCUACAAGUGAUUCACCUAGAGGCCACCAAACGCCACUGACGUCAGAGCAAAUAAAUGUUAAAUCUUUCCUGCAUCAGACAAAAAAGCCUCCAGCACCACCAAAACCUACAGUCACUAAAGAUACUUCAGUGAAGCCACCUGUCAACCCAACUAGAAAGGAACCUGGGAAGUUGCCAAUUCAUGAAAUAACAAGUCGAUUGGGUCAGUUACAGUUUCCCCCAAAAAGCUCAACAACUACAGAACAUAAAUUUAUUGCUAACCAGAAUGACGGUUCUGAUGAGAUUUACGAAGAUAUUUCUUAGUGUCUUUUCAUUUGUUACAAAAUUGCUAAUUCCUGCAGAUCUAUAUUCUUAGCAAUUUACAAUAUAUUCGUAAAAAUAACAGAAAUUUAGGCAUAUGAUAAAAGGAUUAAUAGUGUGAGAGUGGUGUUGGAUUAUACAAUGAAUGGAAUGUUAGAAGUAGAUAGAAAUAUUCGUUACUGAUAAUUGAGGUGCUACACUGACUGUGGGAUAUGGGGUGAAGAAGUUAAUUUUUGAAUGAUUGAAAAUCUUAUGUGGAAAAUGAAAUUAAGCAUUGGCGUAGGCGUACUCCCAGGGUACCGGCAAUUCGGGCAGUCGCCAGGUUGCCAUGUGCUAGGGGCCGCCAUCAAAGAGGGAGCCAUGGCAUGUGUUUGGGGUCUUCCAGAUAAAAAGGAAAAAUGCGAAAAUCAUAAAAUCAAACAAAAAGCCAAAAAGCCACGACCGCAGUUUCAUUAAUGAAUAGUCACUGAUUACUAAUUAAUUAUCAUGCAAAUGGGUAUGAAAAAAGAGCAUAGUCAACAAAAAAUUUAGCUGCAGAAUUAUAUGUAGAGCCGGUAUUUAGAAAUAAAAGGAUAAGCAGAUAAAGAAGGCUGUUCCAAAUGCAGGUGUUCCAGAAAAUAAAAAUAUGUGUUAAAUGCAAUACUCGACAGAACUGUUAAUUCUAUAGCACAAGGGGAUUUUUAGAUAACCUAAAAGAUCUUCCGGGAAGAAUGAACUCAAAGUACCUUAUCAACCUUUGGAAGAUAAGUUAAAGUACCGAGAAAAUGGUGAUAUCAAUAGAUGUGAUCGCUUGACAGUACUGGAAACUGCAAAAGAAUGAUUUCCUGAAGAUGUAAAGCUUCCAAUAUAAGCCGUUAGGAUCAUAAACACUAAUAAGUUACAGGAUAUCAUGCCAAAUCAGUGGGAUGCAUAAAACAUUACGCUUACAUACCUAUUACUGUACCCAACGGAGAGAGAAGCUUUAGUAAACUAAAGCUAAUAAAGACAUACUUGCGGUCGUUCAUGGCGCUCGACAGAUUAAAUCCUCUGGCAAUUUUGUCAAUAGAAAUUGAUCUUGUAAAGAAAGUAAAUAUAGAAAGUGCUAAGAAAAGAUCUGCAGGUCUAAAGGCUAGACAAAUUUUGUUUUAUGUAGGAUCAUGAAUGUUUUUCAGCAUCGUUCAUUUAUACAUACUUUUUGUUAGAAAAUUCGUUACAGGUGCUGCAGUUGUUAACAUCGUGGACUUAACAGAAUAUAUAGUAUGUUUCUCAGUUCGUUCAGAUUCCAUAUUUGAAUGCAUCUUUUUUAUGUUUGUUUGUGAUUGUUUUCAACUUGUUAUCAAAUCUUUACUUCGAAAUAUGCUAAUAUGUCAGCAUUCGUUACUUGUCCCACUGAGAAACAUUAUAGCUUUAUUUUUAAGUCAUAUAUACACGUAAGUCAUGUAAUGUGUUGCAAUCUGUCUAAAUACUGUUAAAAAUCAAUGUAUUAUUGUUUGUUAACAAAAACAGUCAUUUAUUCACAGGUAACGUAAAUGAAAAACAGAUACCAUAAGGGUCGAGUUUCGAUUAUGGACCGAUUUGAAUACAUAAUUUUUCUGUUUGUGUUACUUUUUUUCAUUCAUUAUAUUGAUAAUUCACUUUCUUUUCUUUUGUGUUAUGAAUACAGUAUGCUAACUUUGUCAACAUUCAAUACCUAUCACAAUGGGUUUGAUUUGAAAGUCCAUAGCUGGGGUGUAACUUAAUGUCGAAGCGCUAUGGCCUCUGUAGCUUUCAGUUCUACAGAGGCCACAGGACAGAUAUCUAGAAGAUCAACGGCACCCUUCGGACUUUCUCUCACACACCCAUCCUCCACUCAAUAUUUCUUUGUAGCACAGUGUUAGCAUUAUCAGUAAUGCAGAUCAUUCAAAACAAUCUCUCUCUCUCUUAGUUAUAUUAAUGAAAGGAUUAGAAACCUGUGUUUGACCUGUUUUCUUUAGCUUAUAUAUUGUAAUAAAAUCCUUCUACAAUUUGAAUUUUUCUCCUUGUGAAAAAAUUUAGAUAAAUUAUACGUAACUGAGCCCACUGAACUAAUGAUUGGUCUGAUAGGGUUAUUGAUUUUAUGUGUCUUGACUAACCCUAUCAGACAAAUCAUUAGUUCAGUGGGCUCAGUUACGUAUAAUUUAUCUAAAUGGCUUGUAAAAAUUCUUACUCCUUUGGUAGGAAACAUUUCUAACACGAAUGUUAAAAACAAUGUUGAUUUUAUAAACAAAUUGAAUAGUUUAAAUUUGAAUUAUGAUUUUAAUAUGGUUAGUUUUGAUGUUGUCUCUUUAUUUACAAAAGUGCCUGUGGAUGACUUACUUGAAUAAUUGGAAGAGGAAUUAGAACGUCAUGACAUUCCCUUAAGUGUAGCAAAUCUCAUUAGUCUCAUAAGGUUAUGUAUCAAAGAUAGUAAAUUUUGUUUCAAUGGGGAAUUUUUUGUACAAAAGUUUGGCAUGGCUAUGGGUAAUCCCUUAUCUCCUGUCCUUAGCAAUAUUUACAUGGAAUUUUUUGAGACAAAACUCUUACCAAGAAUUUUACCCCAAAAAGUUAUUUGGUUUAGAUAUGUGGAUGAUAUCUUCUGUAUUUGGCCAGUUCACGAAAACCUCCAGGAAUUCCUUAAUAAUCUCAAUAAUUUAGUCCCUUCUAUAAAAUUUACUGUAGAGUAAGAAAGAAAUUGUAAUUUGAAUUUUCUUGAUGUAAAUGUCCAUAGAAAUGAUAGAAAUUUCACCUUUUCAGUCUUUCGAAAAUCAACUAAUAUUGCCUCUUUUGUUCAUUACUACUCCAAUCACCAUCAAAAUGUUAAAUUCUCUGUUUUUUCUGGGAUGUUCCUAAGGGCUUUACGUGUCUGUAGCCCGCAGUUUAUUGACGCUGAAAUUAAAACUAUUUAUGAUAUUGCAUUGAAACUUAAAUACCCAAGGACUUUUGUAGAUGUGGCAUGGAAAAGAGCUAGAAAAACUUUUUAUUCAACUAAUGACAAACUUGAAUUUAGUAAGCAUAACAUUCUAAAAUUACCUUAUGAUGAAAGGUUUUUAUAUAUUCCUAGAAUUUUAAAGCUUUUUAACAUAAAUGUUGUUUUCAGUAAUAUUAAUGUCAAGAGUUUAGUAAUCAAAAAUUCUCCUAAAGAUCUUCCAGGCUGCAUAUAUGAAAUUCCUUGCAAAAAGUGUGAUAAAGUCUAUUACGGACAGACCGGCAAAUCUCUUUCACAGCGUCUCAAGCAACAUCAAUAUUCUGUGAUAACUGGGCAAAUAUCGAAUGCAUUAUUCAUACAUAUGAGAGAUUUAGACCAUCCAAUUAACUGGAGUCAAGCAAGAGCCUUAGUCCCAUGUAAUGACACAGUUAAAAGGAAUAUCAUUGAAUCUUGUUUUAUCAAGUCAAAUAAUAGAAAUGUUCUAAAUUUAAGUCUUGGUUUAUUAACUAAACUUGAUGCUUUCAUAAUGAAAAAAGUUGUAGAUAAAUAUAAGCAACAAAAUUAAUAUAUUCAGUUUUUACAUGUUUUGGACUGUAAAGAUACUUUGUAUUUUCGGUUAGGGUCAGAAUCUGUUUAAGUUUGUGACCGUGUGAUAUCCGAUAAUCCUGGAUUAUCCCUUUUAAUUUUUACCCUUUUGAUAAUUAACCAUCUGGUAUUCCUGAUCUUGUUUGUACCUGAGACCUUCCUCUCCAAACUCCAAUUGUACUUUAGUAGCUCCUUGACGAUGUCUCAGUAAAGACGAAAGCGCUUGGAUUUCUGACUAUCAUUUUCCCGUGGUAUUCGCUUGUUUAUGAAGUCACAUGUCACAUGCAUCUACUGUGAUUU